UCAUAAAGCUCGCCUUCGAACGAUCAAGCAAUACAGAGUCCGUGAAACAUUCGGUGGCGCACUUUUGCAAAUUCUCUUUUCUCUAUUAUUUUUAUUAUUAUUUUUUUUUUUCAAUUUCUUCAUCUCAAAGCAAAACGAACGUGUCGAUCGUCCAUCCAUAUACACCCGAGAGACAAUUUGUGAAGAGUUCAUCUGUGAAAAAUUUCAAUAUUCAUCUCGUUUUAACGCAGACUUUAACAUAAAGUAUCAAUGUCGAAUCUAGAAGAUAUUAUUGAGUUUCUGUGAUUUUUUUUAUAUAUAUAAAUAAAAUUGGAAAAAUCUUUCUCGACUCGAAUCACUCUACUUUUUUUUUUUUUUUUUUAUAUAAAUAUGGGAAUAUUCGUGAGAAUAUGGACGAUAGUUUUUCUAGUGAAACUGUCGUAUGCCGGAAAAUCGGUGGACGUGUUGACAUCUAACAAUUUGAACACCCUGGAAGAGGAAGAAAUUCUUCUGGUACUGUCACGAAAUAAAAGCAUAUCUGCGAACAAUUUCACGCUGAUCGAACUGAUCGAGAACCAGAGGAAUCACACGAUCGAGACGAGCAAGGACACGUUGCGGACGGAAAAGCUGGAUGAUCCAUAUACUAAUUCUUUUUACAAUGAUUUCUCUGAGGAAAUCGAUCGGGAAGCAAAAAGAUUGUUACAAAUCCUUCCAGCUUAUAAUCCCGGUGUUGGACGAGUAAGUCCUCAAUGCAAAAGGCAUUCCGAAAUUUUUCAUAGGGAACUCGCCAAAUUCACUUUAUGGGCUCUUAAAAUGUACGAUGCAACGGCGAAAAUACCGUCUGGACUCCUGAACGGAAACAUCAAUCAGUUUGGCGACUUCGACGAAUGUAUCGGAAUACAGGGAAGCGAAGGAAUUCAAGGACAAUAUUGUUUGGCAUAUCUUCACUUGAAAAUCGACGAAUCACGAAUAGAUUUGAAGCAUCUUCAUCGGUUAGUGCAUUCGCAUUACGCUUUCAAAAGCAAUGUUACUGAUGCUGGACAUCGAUUACCUCGAUAUAGUAUAGUAAAUUGGGCAGUUUGUACACCAGCAUCAUGUAAUUUUAAAGAUGUUGAAACAUCUCUUCGUGAUAUUCUUACACGAUAUACUUCUCAAACUGGUCUAAAGAUUACAGUAAAGGUGAAUGAAGAAAUGUGUCAAGUAAAAAAAAAAUCUAUACCAAAUGAAACUAUGUUUGUUAGUUUAUUUUUCAUGGCUAUAUUUGCAUUAACAAUCAUAGCAGCAUGUUAUGAUCAUUAUAAAAUACCAACAAGUGAAUUACUUUUAUCAUUUUCUUUGAAACGAAACUUUAAAAAGCUUGUAUCACUAGAACGAGGACAAAAUGAUAUAGCUACACUUCAUGGUGUAAGAGCUAUAAAUGCUAUAAUGUUGGUUUUAGCACAUAAAAGUAUGGCUCUUUUUUUUAAUCCUUAUUCAAAUAGAACAGAAAUGAGCGAAUAUCUUGGUAAACCAUGGACUGUCAUAGGAAGAGCUGCUAGUCUUUAUACAGAUCCAUUUAUAAUGCUUUCUGGUCUAUUAACAUCAUAUUCUUUCAUUGAAAAAUUAAAAAAAAAUGGCAAUUUAAAUAUUAAAGAUGAAUAUUUAUCUCGUCUAAUUAGAAUAGUACCAUCUUUAGCAACUCUGAUAUUGUUGUGUACUUAUGUAUUACCUUAUUUUGGUUCUGGACCACAAUGGAAUUUGGUAGUAACUGAACAUGCAAAUAUUUGUAAAAAAACAUGGUGGAGAAAUUUUUUAUUUAUCCAUAAUUAUUUUGGUUUUGAGUCUAUGUGUCUCACACAUACUCAUCACCUAGGUAUAGAUACUCAAUUAUUUAUUCUUUCACCUUUAAUGAUACUUUUCCUUUAUAAGAAGCCAAAGACUGGAACUAUUUUUCUUGUUAUAUGUGCUUUACUUUCAACAGCACUUCGAUAUUUUGUUACUUAUUAUAAGAAAUUAAAUAAUUAUGUUUUUUUUGGUACAUCAAUAAAACAAUUAUAUGAUACUGCAAAUUAUUCAUAUAUUCUACCAUCACAUAGACUGACUGUUUAUAUAAUAGGAAUUUUCAUAGGUUAUUUAUUAAGAUAUUUACCUAAAGAUUAUAAGAUGAAUAAAAUAACUCUAUAUAUAGGUUGGAUUUUAUGUACAAUAAUGUUUUGUUGUGCAUUUUUUGGACCUGCACAUAUGGGAUCUAUAAAUUAUAUAUAUAAUCCGAUAGAUGCAGCAAUGUAUAAUGCAUUUGCUCCUAUUGGUUGGUGUGCUAUUUUUGCAUGGGUAAUUGUGAUGCAUCAUACUGGAAAUACAAAUGGUUGGUUUGGAAAAUUUUUAGCAUGGAAAGGUUUUCUAAUCACUACAAAAUUGAGUUAUGCAAUAUAUUUAACACAGUUUCCAAUAUUCUUUUACAAUGUUGGAACCAUUCGAAGUGCUGAGCAUUUUGAAUUCUUUAGCAUGCAAUUCAAUUUACAUGAACUUUUGUGGAUUAUUAUGUUGUCAAUAACUCUCACCUUACUAAUUGAUACACCAUUUCAAAAUAUUAAAAAUUAUUUAAUGAGAAAAUCUUCAGUGCCAAAAACAACAAAAUUGUUGAAAAUGCAAUAAUUUUAUCAAUAACUAUAAUUCAAAUGAUCAAAAUUAUUGUAAAUAGUAAUCUAAAAUUUUUAUUUUGUUUUUAGUAAAAUAACUUACCCUUCAUAUACAAUGUAUAUGAUAGCUAAAAACAAUUAUAAUUUAUAUAAAUAUUAAUAUAAUAAUUUGAUUUAUAAAUAAGUAUCUGUAAAUAAUAUAUAUUUUUAUAAUCUUAAUAUUAUAUUUUUUAAAACUUUUAUAAAUAUUAUAAAAUUUAUUAAAUAAUAUAUAGAUAUAUAUAGAAA